AUGUUUUCCGACAAGAAGCCUGAUAUAUCAAAGCAGAGCAAAAGUCGUGUCCGAGUCACCAUCACCGCCACUUCUGUCAAACCUCUGGAGAAGGUUUCCGAUGAUCUGGUCCAGCAGGCCAAAGAAAAGAACUUGAAGAUACUGCGGAUUACGACCCGAAAAACGCCUUGCGGAGAGGGGUCAAAGACUUGGGAUAGGUAUCAGAUGCGAAUCCAUAAGCGCGUAAUUGAUUUGCUUUCCUCCGAUGGGAUUGCGGAACAGCUUACCUACAUAAAUUUGGAACCUGGUGUCAACUGCGAGGUUAAGAUCGCAGGAAUUUAA